AUGGAUACCUCAACGAGUGGCCGGGUCAAAUCGCAAUUGGAGGAGUUGAUGGAGAGCGAAGAUGAGGCUCCAAUGGAAGAAGACGAAGGAAACCCGAAACCAAACGACGCAGAAGCCCUGCUCAACGAUGAUAGCCCACUCCCGGAGACUGAUCUCGGACAAGCAAUCGACCUCCUCAUCACCACAUGGGCGCAACUCUUGCCGAACAUCAGGACUAGACAAAUAUCCCAGGCACAAACUAUGGAACACGUCAAAGAAUUUGGAGAGAUUUGCGUCAGAAAUUUUCGCGAUGCUUGCCACGACGUCAACUCGGAAUUCACCAAGAUCGCUAUUCAAUGGCAACAUGAGCAUCCAGAUGAAACCAACGAAGAGCUUCUCAAGGACAUAAACGCCGCUUCGACACGACAAUCUACUCUACUCGGUCGGGUGCCGGGUGUUUGGUCUCGCCGAACGGACGAAUACUUCAAAAAUUCACAACAAAAA